UGUUAUACCAUGUCUUGAAUCUUUUGUCUGACUAGACACCAGUGCCUCUCACGACUUGUGCCAAAACUCAAAAGCGACGAUUGAUUUUCGAGAUUCUCAAAAUAUGUUGAAAGACUUCGCUCGCGUGGCGGUAUUAUCUCUAUUUUCAUAUUCUCUACCGACUAUAAGUACAUACACUUCCCUGGAAAACAGCGAUAGCGAUGGAAAAUGUGAGUUGGUGGGCACAUUUUCACUCUUAACGCAAGCGUUCUUGGGGCUACUAUGCUUGCUGUCCCUCAUUAUAAAGCGAUUUUACGAAAACCCUGUCCGCCGGACGUGGCAGGUUUGGUUUUACGAUGUAUCUAAGCAAGUUGUGGGGUCCUUUGGCGUUCAUGUUUUUAAUCUUAUACUAUCCAUCUUGAAAUCGCUGCCUAGUCAAGUUUUCUCGAAGAGCGCACGUGGGGUAUGCGAUGAAAGCAAUGAAUGCACUGGAGACCCAUGUGAUUGGUACUUCUUGAGCAUUGUUCUAGAUUGCACUAUUGGUGUAUACAUUCUAUAUCUAGUGCUUCUAUUUGUGAGUCUUCUCUGUAAGGACUACCUCGGUAUUACACAAAUUGAGAGUGGAGAAUACGGCCCGGACGUGCAUCGCCCGUCUUUCAAGGCUUUCUUGAAGCAAUUAGCACUCUAUUUUGGAUCUCUUAUGAUAACUAAACUUGCAUUGUAUGGCUUAGUGGAAUGCUUUGAGACCCAGCUUUUGUGGAUCACUAGCCAUAUCAUCUUAUCAUGGCUAGAUGAAUACCCUAACGAGUUUGAAAUAUUUGUUGUAAUGUUUGUUGUUCCAGUGUUCAUGAAUUGUUUACAAUUGAUUUUAGUUGACAACAUUAUUCAAAAGAAGGAGAUACACGAACUGAACCAUAAAUUUGACAACGAGCGAAACUCUCUUGUCACAUCACCCAUGGAUGGGCUGACUCUGGUCUUGGGAAGAACCAGCGGGGAUCGGGCAAGGCAAAAAUAUAUGUCUAUAUCAUAAUGUUUAAACAAAAUUCAUUUUUAUCUCUAUUUACAUGAUACAUUCCGAAUUAGCCUCUGUUCCUAGAUUCUUUGAGUAUGAUAUCUACAAGUACGUGCAGUUGGCUUCGGUCUCUUGCCACACAGAGGCUCUCAGGCAAAAUGAUUUGUUUUAGUUGGUCUUGAAGCCGAAGCCUUUCAUGCAAAUUUUGUACUUGUCAAUGAACUCUUGACAUUUUCCAUCUUCUUCACCGCUAAAUAAAAGACACUCAUCACGGGCCUUCUUCUCAUCAAGGCACACACAGCAUGGCUUUGGUUUGUUGGAAGUUUCAGAUUUGUUUGUUUGAGCUUGUUCGGACAUUUUUCUGACGCUAGAAGAAUUAAGGCUAGGUGUUCGUAACUACGCCUUUAAGUCUGAGUAAUGGUACGUGGUUCUGCAGGAACGAUGGCAAAACUCAAAUAUUGUGCUCGUCUAGAGUUUGCCUUACCUCCC